AUGCUCAAGAGGCGUCGAGAAACCACGUUUGUAAACUCGGCUGGCGCUUUGGGCGACAAAGAUGAUCGGGAACGAAAGCAGUCAUUGGAAAGGUCAAGCCGGAAGAAUGGGUUAACUAGGCUCGAAUUCGGCGUCGCUGUCAUCACCUUUGUCUUUGUGAUGCUGUCAACGACCGCUGUAGUCAGAAUAACGCGAGGAAAACGCUCUGAUGUGAAAUCGACAGAUUCCAAACAAAUCAGGGGCAGUAUGGCAUCAAUAUCCAUCGAGCACAACGACAUUUCGAUUUCUGGUGUUCCUCUGCCACCGCCACCGUCCCCACUACCGCUACCCCAGCAGCUGCUUUCGCGGGAUGCCGAUUUCGCCAUCGUGACAACGGAUGUACGUGGAAAUCUUGGUCCGGCAUCGGUUCUGCAGCAAACAGUUCCGGGGGAGGACUGGUUGAAGGAUCGGUGGCAGGCGGCGUCUGACAUGCACGGGACGGCCAUUCAUGGGGCGCACUGGGUACAGUACGUGUUUGGUAAUUUUCGUAAUCCUACCAUAUCUCACAACGAUAUCGCUAAGGAGCCUUUCGUUCGUGUGGCUAGCCUCGUGCUGGAUUGGGAAACGGCAGUUUCUAAUGAUUAUACGAUUCAAUGUGGCAACCAUUCUCUCUCGAGUUUUUCUCGGGAGUACGAGAAAAACAACUCGGCUUCAUUUGUGGAAUGGGAAACAGUGUUCGAUAGUACGAAAGAUUCAUAUACAAUAGACAAAUGGGGUCAAAGUCCAGGCGUAAAACAAGCGAUGCCGCUCCAUAUUCUGCACAACGUCACCCUGGCGACGAUGGUCUCGUCCGCACCGACCUGCCGAGUUGUUCGCCUAUGGAUACGGAGCUCGGAUCACGGCUGGGGCGUCUCACUGUGGCAAGUCGACGUGUACGGAUGGAAGGACCAAAAGUCGAUGAAUGACACUCACUUUAAAUCUCGAUGAAUAUAAACAUUUACGCUCAUC